UGUAGCCAGGGAGAAGGGCAGUGAUUCCUGGAAUCCAAGGGUUUCAGGGUCAGAGUGUUCCCUGGGUGUUCUCCAUCCAUCACGAUGGUCACCGCCCCAGCUAGGUUUCUGCAGUGUUGCUGCCAAAGGAUCACAGGACACCUUUCGGGCUCAUGAAUGUCGGAGUUAUGGUUUGGGAUUAUUAUAACCACAGGCCUAAGUGGCCUGCUCUGAGCCACCCAGCCGGAUUCAAGUGCACUGACUUCCCUGCCCCGGAUCGGAGGAGCAGCUGGGACAGGAAGAGGUGACCCAGGCCUGGCUCGGAGUCAGCCGUCCGCUUCACUGCACAUCUGUAAGCAAGAGACCAAAAAAGGAAAGUGAAAGUACAGCCAUUUCCCAAUAAGCCCUGCGGGCUUCCUGGAAGCACUGCCUUGGCCCUUGGCACUUCUCUGCCUGCCUCAUUUAACCUGGACCCAGCUUUGCAACCAGGGCCUUUCCUGGGUGAGCAGAACCAGCUGGAGACUCUGCACUUCGUGUUGGGCCUCCUGCAGCCCAGACGCUCACGAGCCCCCGCUGGACCAAAAGCCCCCGGAGAGAAGAUCCUUUGGCUCCUGGUGACACCGCUGAUUCUCCCACGGACAAAACGAUCAUGGAUUUGGUGCUGCAGAGUCUGCCGGACAGCCAGGCAGGGAGUAGGGCUGACAUUCCUCCAUGUGAAGAUGGGGAACAAGAUCUGUCAGCUGAAGACAGAAUGUUUCUGGAAGGGUUUCCCAUCUUGAAAGAGGAGCUAGAAGUGGACAUCGGCAAGCUCCGUGCCCUGGCAGACAACGCUGACACCACCCACAGAACAUCUGCCAAGAUCAGAAUUGUGGCCAACUCCAUCACCGUGGUCUCAGAAGCCGUGAGCAUCCUAGGCUUGGCCCUCGCUCCAGCAACAGCAGGAGGAAGCCUGCUGCUCUCUGCAGCUGGGAAAGCUUUGGGGACAGCAGGGGAGGUCACCAACAUCUUGAAUGAUGCUUUGGAGAGCUUCCGCAACCAAGAAGCCCAAGGGAAGGUCAGUGGCCUGAUGCCCACCUGUGGCCAAGAUGUCAGGAAAGCUGGGACAGACUACGUCACAGAUGCCAGAAAAGUGGUCCAGAUUUGUGCAGGCGCCAUUAAGGAUAUCCAGAAGGACAUCCGUGCCUUUCAGACAGCCAGAGCCCACCCGCACCUGGCCGCUGCCGCCAAGCAUCUCCUGAUCACUGGCCAGGUCUCAGCCCAAAAGAGCAGGCAGGUGCAAAGGGCCUUUGAAGGUACCAUGCUGGUGAUGAAAACAAACGCUCGCUUGCUGGGUAGUGUGAAGGCUGGCUUCUCCCUUGGCAUGGACUUGGCCUCCCUCCUGAACGACUGGCAGAGGCUGAAGGAGGGAGCAAAAACAGAGCUUGCAGAAGAGCUCAGGGCCCAGGCUUGGGAGCUGGAAAGGAGGCUGACAGAACUCACCCAGUGCUACGAGAACCUGCAGCAGAAGAAACUCUUGCAAGAAAAAACGCCUAUGAGCUCAUCUUCAGAGGGAACCAUGGGAACUGUGCCUCUGCCCCAAGCCAGGCUUGAGGAAGCAGGAUGCCCGGUGACAGGAGAGGACAUGAAGGCAGUUGAGCCCAAGGGCCUCUGAGUGGAAUAAAAGGGGAUCAGGGUGGGGGUGGGCAACGUUGGCAGAGGAGAUGUCUGGAGGCUUACCAGCUGGGAGGUCCAUGAGGGGUCUGAGGGCACUACCAGUUAGUGAGUGUCACACAGUCGCCAGUGGAGGUCAGUCUCUCCCCGCCCUCCUUCCUUCACACGUGUAACUCAUUCCCUUGACUUCCGCCCCCCCACUCAUUCACUUGCAUGUAGUCAGUCGGCUAAACACACGUGGUUCGACGCUGAGCUCUGCAUUAAGCACUGACCUAAGACGGGAGGGUUGCUGGGGUGAAGGGCACAUUGUGUUCUCUCUUAUAUCAACUCACCUUGUGUUUCCUCUGGGUGCUCCUCCUCCCCGACCUGGGCAGUAACCACUGGAGAAGAUCUUGGGUUUGCACAUAAAAGGAUGUCACAGGAAGGGGCCCCUCUGUCCACCCCACGACACAAGUUCUUGGAGCCUCUCAGGACCCUGGAGGCUGUAGGACCGCUCCUGAACGCCCAGUUUACCCCUCUUACACAUUUUUUGUUCGUUUGUUUGUUUUUAUGUUUCAGCUGCUAUUUUAAAAGGAGGGCGUGGACAUUAAAUACAACUUCUUAAAAUUCAGGAAAGUGAAAAAUAGGUGGAAAAAUAAUGCCCCAGUCCAGGGUGACAACUGCUGGUAUUUUGAUGUAGAGAUUUCCUUCCUGUGCUUGUCUUGCUUUGGGCGUCACUGCUCGCUGGGGACCCUCCCUCAAGGAGGCACUGUAAAACAUAAAUUUCUUUUCUGUAACCCACUGGGUUUUCUUUCUCUUUCAUUCUCAAUCCCUUCAUUUGACUACAGAUCUAUAACUUUCAUUUUGCUGUGUUUACUUAGCAAUGUUUUCUACCAUUCCAUGUUCCACUUCAUUUUUUACAGAUAUUUUUUACGUUGCAGAAUAUUCUCUUGAGCCGACAUACAUGCUUUUAAUUAGACAUAUAUUAGUCAUCACUUCUUUAAGUGGCCCAAACCUAUUCAAACUGGCUUAUGCAAAAGAGGAAUUUAUUUGCUUCCAUACUUAAAGAGCUUGUGGGGGGUUAUAUAAAAAUGAAUAUAUAUGUAUAUGUAUGACUGAAGCAUUAUGCUGUACACCAGAAAUUGAUAUAACAUUGUAAACUGACUAUACGUCAAUUUAAAAAAAUACAUAUGUAUGUAUGUGUGUGUGUGUGUGUGUAUAUAUAUAUACACAUACACAUGCAAAAAAAAAAGCUUAGGGAAACAGUGGGCGUCAGGUGUGUCUAGAUCCUGAGGAUAAAAAUGAUGUCAUCAGGCGUCUGUCUUUGCGUUUCUCAGACACGCUUCCACCAGGUUCAGGCACUUUGGCCUCAGCAUCCCCAGGUGCGCCCACUCCCAGCUGGGGGCGCCCAAGCGGAAAGGGGCGGGGCAAGAGUCCAGGGGCCCACUCUGAUUGGUCAGGACUGGGUCCUGUGCCUUUGCCUGCGCUGGGUGCUAGGAUGGGCUACCGGAACUGCCUUCGGAUCUAAGGGUUUUAAAUCCUUGCGAUCCCACAUCGCAGCCAUGUGCUUCCUGUUUUGGUUGCUCUCAUUCCCUUGUUAUGAGCGAAACCGUAAGUAAACAGCUUUCGCCCCUUUUAAUAUUUUCUCUUAGUGGGUGUGCGCAUCCUCGAAGUUCCGAAUAAACACGAUCAGUAAUAAUACCUGCAUGAAAUACGCAGUCGCUAAACUUGGGAGGGGAGUCUGCUUGUUCUGUGAGAAGUUUGGAAGAAAAAAAAGAAAAGAAUGAAUCAGAGGAGAUUGGAGACUCACCUCUGACACUGAUUUGCUUGGUCUCCUUUCUGAGUUUUGGUUUCUCCAAGCCACGAAGUAAGU